UCUCAGCCAACCCACUGAAACCAAGCGAAGUUCCUCUUCUGCUCUCUGGGGUGGCAGAGGAUCGGCUUAGCUGCUCUGGACUCUCUCUCCCAGCUGUAAAAUCCCGUGGUCUUCAAAAAACCAAGCGAGUAGCUUUUCCUCUUCCCGAGACUCAUCAGCUGGUUUGAGUUUGAACGGCAGCCUGGCUCCUGCCCCAACUCUGUGGCUGAAGUAACUGUGGAGUUGACUUGCUGCUUCCAAAGUUUCGCAUUCAGGGAAGAAAUAUGGGAUGUAUAAAAUCAAAAAGGAAAGAGACUCUGCCUGGAGAUGGGCUAGAUUUGAAGAACCAACCAGUACGUAAAACUGAACGAACUAUUUAUGUGAGGGAUCCAACGUCCAAUAAACAGCAAAGGCCAGUAAGUAGAUAGUUUCAGGGGAGACUUUUACCAGGACAGAGAUUUUCUAAUGAAGAAGCAAAGGAGCACGGAGACAUUGUAGUGGCCUUGUAUCCUUAUGAUGGCAUUCAUGAAGAUGACUUGUCCUUCAAGAAAGGAGAAAAGAUGAAAGUUCUUGAGGAGCUUGGAGAAUGGUGGAGAGCAAAAUCUCUCUCAACAAAGAAGGAAGGCUUCAUUCCAAGCAACUACGUCGCCAAAGUAAACACCUUAGAAACAGAAGAAUGGUUCUUCAAAGAUAUAACCAGGAAAGAUGCAGAGAGACAGCUUCUAGCACCAGGAAACAAUCCUGGAGCAUUCCUCAUCAGAGAGAGUGAAACAUUAAAAGGCAGCUAUUCUCUGUCCAUCAGGGACUGUGAUCCACAGCAUGGUGAUGUUAUUAAGCACUACAAAAUAAGAAGUCUAGACAAUGGAGGAUAUUACAUCUCUCCAAGAAUUACAUUUCCCACCAUCAGUGAGAUGAUCAAGCAUUACCAAAAGCAGUCAGAUGGUUUAUGCAGAAAGCUGGAAAAAUCAUGUAUUAGUCCCAAACCCCAAAAACCUUGGGAUAAAGAUGCCUGGGAGAUUGCACGGGAGUCAAUUAAAUUAGUGAAGAAACUUGGAGCUGGUCAGUUUGGAGAAGUUUGGAUGGCUUACUAUAACAAUAGUACAAAGGUGGCUGUGAAGACUCUGAAGACUGGAACUAUGUCCGCGCAAGCAUUCCUGGAGGAAGCCAACCUCAUGAAAACACUUCAGCAUGACAAGUUAGUCAGGCUGUAUGCUGUAGUCACCAAAGAAGAACCUAUUUAUAUCAUAACAGAAUUCAUGGCAAAAGGUAGUUUGCUGGAUUUUCUGAAGAGUGAUGAAGGAAGUAAAUUACUUCUACCAAAGCUAAUUGACUUUUCAGCUCAGAUUGCAGAGGGAAUGGCAUAUAUAGAAAGGAAAAACUACAUUCAUAGAGAUCUGAGAGCAGCUAAUGUUCUGGUUUCGGAUUCACUGAUGUGCAAAAUUGCUGAUUUUGGACUAGCCAGAGUAAUUGAAGAUAACGAAUACACAGCACGGGAAGGUGCAAAAUUCCCUAUUAAAUGGACAGCGCCAGAAGCAAUUAACUAUGGCUCCUUUACUAUUAAAUCUGAUGUGUGGUCAUUCGGAAUUCUUCUGUAUGAAGUUGUUACCUUUGGAAAGAUCCCCUAUCCAGGUAUGAGUAAUUCUGAUGUGAUGGUUGCUCUUCAGCGUGGAUACCGGAUGCCACGCAUGGAAGCCUGUCCAGCUGAACUUUAUGAUAUCAUGAAAACAUGUUGGAAAGAUAAAGCAGAAGAGAGGCCAACAUUUGAUUAUUUACAGAGUGUGCUUGAUGAUUUCUACACAGCAACAGAAGGGCAGUAUCAACAGCAGCCAUAGGGCAAAAACAUUUUCCAGUUGGCAUAGACUAUUGUUCGGACAAACUGGGCAGACCAGUUACUUCAUGUAUUUGGAUAUCCUAACAGAUUGUGGCUUCUGAAACUGAAGGCUGAAAUUUCACUGGAAGAAUCAUUCUACCUAGAAAUAAACCAUCUUUUUCUUUGGUUAAUUUAAAUGUUCACUCUGCUUAGAGUUCUCUUUAGAUGUUAUCUUUUUAUUUGCCUAAAUCAACAUCCAAACAAGACAAACUUUGAAACAGACCAAAUACAGUUCCACCAGUAUAAACUUUUGAAGUAUUUGCAGCUGAAAAACUCUAAAUGACAGCACACUUUACAAGAUAAAUAUGAACAAUUUAUUAAUAGAAAAGUCAAAGCUAAUUUGGGAGCAAAAUUUUAGAUUAAAAAUAUGAAGCAUGAUUUUCUAGCUUCUGAUUAUUUUACAUCAGAAUCUGGAGUACUGUAUCUUGUUGUAAGACUCAAAUGCUUAAGAUGUAAUCAUCUCCUUCAAGAAAGGGUUAAAAAGGUAAUUUUACUGUAAUUAUCUUUUGCAUUUAUACAUAGCACAAGCAUUUCCACUGCUAAGGUUUGAAAAGCAUGGCACCAAGGUAAGAAUAUUGUGAAAUUGCAUUAUAAAACAGCAAUUAUUGUGCUAGUUGGGUCAAAAAAGACAGUAUGGUGUCUUGUUCUGCAUAUGGAGGAACAUGAAUUUAAGCCUGGAACCACUUGCUCAAAAAUUUAAUUUUCCCGUGGGUUUAAGCCACUGGCAAAUCGCCCCUAGAGAUUUUGAAGAGAGCACUAUCUAGCCCUCAGAUGAAUCACAAUCAGUACCUCAAACUACCUUUACUUAUAGAAAGCAUUUUCAUGGGUAUUUUAAUAGGAGUAAUUCAGUAAUAUUUUGCUGUUUCGAUGGAACUGAAACCUCUCUAAAGAUUAGCCAAAAUUAAGGUAUUAAAAUGCAGCAUACCUUAUAAGCAUAUUGUAAUCAGUGAAAUUACACUGAAGGGUUUGUACACUGAUUCUGCUUUGAGUAUGUAAUUAAUAGUAAUUUAUAACCAGUUAAACCCAUAGCUGAUUUACUUGUUACAUAGUUUUUAAUGCAUAUUCUGCUAGGAUCAAGGUGUAUUAACAAAACUGUAUUUAAACUAAUUCUCAAGUCAUGAGUGAAUCAUCAGGUUAUGAGUAAGUUAGUUAUCAAAGCAUAACAAGUGCAAUUAUAUAAAGGAGGACACAGACUUGUUAAAGUAGCACUGGUCUGUUCUUAAAACAAAAAAUUUCUGCACAAUACAAAACAAUUUAUGGGGGGGAAAAAGGGUACUUACAGAAGCUUUUUUUAAAAAAAGAGGCUAGCUAACUACUAGUGAUGCUUUACCAUACCAGAAGUCCAAACAGUGAGCAGUAGAAACAUUGCUUUUCUUUAUUUAGUAAAGCAUAAUGGGUUUCUGAAUGAAGUCAGUCAGUCCGUCCAUGUGCUGAAUAACCACAGAUUGUAAAUAUUUUACUGUAUGUUUUAAUUGUAAUAAACUCUUAAAUUUAAAAAUGUGUACCAUAGUAGUUAUAAUCUGUGGGACAAAAAAAAAAGUAGCAGAUUUUAUAGCCCAGGUUGACAGUUCUGUGUACAAGGAAUGCAGGAGAGAUCCUGUCAGUGUUCAGAUGCUAUACAAUCAAAAUAACUAUUUAAAGUGACAAAACAAAAUUGAUUCUUGCCUUUUAUACCCAUUCAUUUCAAAAGAGAUGUUCAGAGGUCUCAAGACAGUCAUUUCACUGCUGAAUAUUUUAGUGGAAAUAAAUAGCCAGAUAAGUGGCUCUUAAUCUAGAAUCCUAAACUACUCACCACACUAGUAUAUCUCUUCUAAAAAGCUGCUAAAAACUCAAUCUUAAACAAUACCACUAGGCUUGUGUACUGAAACAUUUAAGAAAGCCUAAACACUUGUAAAUAGCGUUUGCGAAAUUUAACUUAAGUCAUCCUAGUUGCAGAAAAUGUCUAGGAGCUAUACAUUGGAUCAAAUACAGUAUGAGGCUGCAGAGCUAAUGGAGUGUUUAGAAAUACAGGUGUACUGAAGUGUACCGUAUUCCCCUUGUUCAAACACAGAUGAAAGCAUGUGUGGCUUAACUCAUGUUCGAGGAAAAAAAAAAAAAAAAAUCAAAUGACCUCUUGAGCCUCUCUGAAAGCUAUUGUUUGGGGUUCAUCAAGAUUCCUAAUCACGUUACCAGUUUACUAUAAUAAACCAAAGCAUUUAAAAGGAGAGCCUCCAUUCAUCAUCAUUUCUGAUUUCGUCCUGAGAGGUCUGGCUAGACAAUGCCAUUUGACUCAAUCUGCAAGAAGGCUAUAUUUCUUUGGAAUUUGGAUGGCUGUGAUGAGUCCAGUGGAUACCUGUAUUGACAGGACAAAUAAUCCCUCUGGGUAUUACUUUUCUGGGGUGUUUCCUACAUCCUAAAAUACCUCUCCAUGUUCAUACAAGUCCUUGAGUACACAUUUCUGUGAGUAUUUUAACAGAGAGACUCUCUUAACUGAUUGCGAGUAUUUAGUUGACAGAGGAAAGAGGAAAUUUCAAGACUAGAGCUUUUAAUUAUUAUAAAAACAGGAUAGUCUGAGUGUUGCAACAGUAAUGCUGCUCCAUCUAGUGUUUCACAAUGCUAGUGACAGCCUCUGAGUCAGGCCCAAGAUGAGAUGAAAACAUGCUGAAAGACCUCCUACAUGACUCAAGGCUUUUGAAAUGUAUAUGUAUAAUGCUGUUAAUAUAAUGCAACAAAUCUGUCACCAGUAAACCUCACUAAGGCAACUGGUCAACUCUUAGAACUUUGUUGCUGGCACACGUUUCUAAAGCAGUUAACCUAUUAGCUGGCUAAAAGAACUAUUUCUGGUUAUAAUCACCACUCUGUCCUAGCCCCACUAAAUUUCUUGAGAAAGUUUCCUUUUAAGAUUACGUAAUGGCCCUCUUGAUUUCAAGUGCAUCAUAUUUAAGUAGAAGCAAAGCUAACACACAAGGGCUGUGUCUAGACUGGCAAGUUUUUCCACAAAACAUCU